AUGUCUCCAGUCAAGCCAUCACAAUUCUUGCAAGCCUUCUUACUUCUUACCUCACUACAACACAUUCACUCAAUAGAAGAUGGUUACCUUCGUUACGUAAAAGAUGGCUGCUUUUUAAGAGGAGAAGCCUUAUCUUGUGUUAAAUACAAAGCAGUUAAAAUAGCCACUAAAGCUAUAUUCGGUAACAGUUUAAAUAAGAACGAGACAAUCGGAGCGAAUCAUAUGAUAAGUUUUGUUUCUUUGGAUGCUGAAACAAUUGACAGUCUUGGAAUCAAAGAAGGAAAAGAAGUUAGAAGAGUAUCCAGUGAACCGAGGGGUAUUUUGUCUGAAUGGGCCGAGUUGGCGAAAUAUCUUAUGAAGUUAGUCCAAGAGUUCUUCAAGGUCAAAGGGCUUAAGGUAAACCUGCCAGAAGGAGCAAGAACUGUCGAGGAAGAAGUCCAUGAUGACGCUCGUGGCAAACGCAAGAAGUUGGCUGUCAUUCUUCCCCUUCUGACUCUUCUGGCGACAAUCAAGACUAAACUACUUCUGGUGCCUGUACUCCUGUCUGUGCUACUCAUCAAGAAGUUGCUGCUCAUUGCUGCGUUACUGCUGCCGAGUGUGUUGAGCACUCUGAAAGCUUGCAAGCAUCAUCACCCUAUGACCCACUACUCUUACUUCGGAAGCAAUGAUGCCAGUGACUACAGUGCUGAUUACAGCAAUAGCUAUGCACACUCAGCAACCGGAGGCUAUGGCAAAGACUGGGCAUCGAACCGCGCAUACAACAUGGCUAAACACAGAGCAACAGCUCCUCCCACAUACAUCACGGCACCUGGGGCAGCUGUUUAA